ACCUUCAAGACCAGGGCAUCGGCGCGACAAGGAUGAUCUCACUCGCGGAGACAUCUGAGCUCUCCCCUCCGGCGGUCGGAGAGGAACAAAGGUGCGGAGAUAUUCUGGAGGAGAUCUCGUAAGUGGAGGCGCGGAUGAUCCGCAAACGGCGUCCUGCAUGGACCCUGGACGAUCUUCGCGAAUUUUCACCGUCUCUGGCUGCGCUGAUCACAGCGCAGCGGAGGACGCGGCUUUCCCCCGAUCAUAUAUACCGAUCGCGUCCUCACGCCACCGCGCCCGUCCUUGCCUUGUUCAUCCCCGCCGUUCUCGCCAUCGCCGCCGCUGCCCACCAUCGCACGCAGGACGACUUGGCGGACUUUCCCGGAAUGGCUAGCGGUCUAUCAAACUCAGGCCCGCUGAAACGCAACUCAGACUGUUGCGGCAUCAUAUUCCCAUCAGCAUCUUCCGAUGUUCUCAGCUCAGACACGUCUGCAAUCAUCCUUCCCCGCCAGUGCCUUUCCUUUGUCCUCCAUGCUGUUCUCCUCGUGAUCUUUUCAUCUGUCCCAUCGAAUCCCGUCAUCCCUGCCCUGCCUCCCGCCACCGCCGCAUCCUUCCUGCGCUCCCUCCACGACACACCGCUGCCCUCGUCCGACCUGGCUGCCCAUGCUAGUGGGCGGCUCCCGCUUGCUGCAGUAAAACGCUCGAGUCGCGGUCAUUGUGGAUUGGCUCGCGGACGCCCAUGAACUUCACCCUUGACGACGACUCUCCCGACCUCAUAUACUCUGCCAGCGGCUGGGGAAUCCAGAGCGCGUCAAAUCCCGAUCUCGAGUCGUACUUCCAGCGCACGUACCAUGUCGCCGAAGCUGAUGGCGCGACCGUAAACUUCACCUUCACCGGUUCCGCCUUGGCCAUCUACGGAUCGACUGGCCCCGGGCAUGCAGACUUUGACGUGCAGUUCGACGACGACGUGAUAGAGCUCUCCGCGUUCGCUGCCGAGACACAGUUCCAGCAGUUGCUGUUCCAACGCUUCUU